AUGCUAUUAUUACGUCCAUUUUAUAGAAGAACUUUUAAAAAACUCGUGAUUUUUGGGUUGAUCAUCUCCAUCGUAUUCUUCAUUGUAAAUGCAGUCCUAAACAAUUUUACCAUACAAAACGAUAAUAGUACUGGUGUAAACGUCCAGAAUAGCAACAAUAACCUAAUGCUGGGUUUUGAUUUUAAUGAUAUAUUAAACUUCAAUCCAAUUGAUUAUAUCAGUAACAACUAUUAUAAAACAGAUGACCAGGGUAAAAACGAACCUCUAGCUUACCAACAAACAUUGUCAGAUUACGUCAGCAAUUAUAGAAACAAAUUGUUAGAUGAUGAGGAAGAAGAUUCAUUAUUAAAGAACAACGAUGAAAAUGGUGCAGCGGCAUCUCAUUUGAGAAUCGCACCAGAAGAGUUACAGCAUGUCCCACUGGAUAAUAGUGUUAAAUUGGCGGCUGAUAUUGCUACGGAUUCCACUAAGGGAGACAAAGGGACCGGUGAACAAAAUUUAUUGGAUACUGAAACUAGAACUAAACUAUUGCAUGACUUUUAUCGUAAGAUAUUCGAAAGCAUCACUAAAUACUCUCCUGCUGGUAAAUUAGACAGAAAAUAUCAUGACAACUGUCCGCUACGUGGUGAUGUUGGCUAUGAUAACUUUGAAAAUUGGGAAACGUUAAGCUACGAUUCGUUGAGAAACUGUUUAAUAAUACCAGAAGAGACUUUAAACGACUUGAAAGAAAAACAUGCAGCCUUUGUCAAUAGUAUUAGCGGUGUGGUCCUGGGUAAACAGGCUUAUCAAGGCAAUGGUAUUGUGACUGUUGGUGGCGGUAAAUUUUCCCUAUUAGCCUACACACUAAUUGAAACGUUACGGAAUACAGGAACCACUUUACCAGUUGAAGUUUUAAUACCUCACAGUGACGAAGGUGAUGAUGAUUUUUGCCAAUAUAUCGAGAGCAAUUUAAAUGCCAAGUGCAUUUAUUUCCGUGAUUUCCUACCACAGGACAUCAUCGAUUCUUUUGAAUUCAAAGGUUAUCAAUUCAAAUCCUUGGCUAUUAGUGCCUCCAGUUUUGCCAACUUAUUGUUGCUAGAUGCUGACAACUUACCCCUAAAAUCGCUAGAUGAUAUAUUUGAUAAAGAGCCCUAUAAAUCUACCGGUUUGGUUGUGUGGCCGGAUUUCUGGAGAAGAUCUACUACGCCAUUGUAUUACGACAUUGCCGAUAUUGAUAUCAACUUAAACAAAAGAGUUAGGAAUUGCAUUGAUGAUAUAACGCCACCUUGGGUUUAUCAAGAUACAGGUUCUGAUAAUAAGGACGUGCCGUUACAUGACUUGGAAGGUACUAUUCCGGAUCCAUCAACUGAAAGUGGUCAGUUAAUGAUUAAUAAGGUUGAUCAACUAGCCACAACUUUGUUAUCCUUGUAUUAUAACGUUAAUGGACCAAGCUGGUAUUACCCUAUUUUCACACAAAAAUCGCAAGGUGAAGGUGACAAAGAAACAUUUUUGGCUGCCGCUAACUAUUAUAAAUAUCCAUUUUACCAGGUUAAAUCAAUGAUCAAAGUUGAUGGUUUUCAUGCGCCUGAUGAAUCUGGUUUCAGAGGUGUUGCUAUGCUACAGUAUGACAUGGUUCAAGAUUAUGCUAGAUACAAACUUGCCCAAGAGUCUAUUUUAAAAAAAUACGGCGCAACAGCCGUCAGUACGGAAAUGAAGCCAGAUCCUAAUUACAAAGGCCAUAUUCAAAGCUUCUAUGAAGAAUACUUUGACGUAGCCGGAAAGCCAAACAUUGACGUGUUGUUUGUCCAUUCUAACCAUCCUAAAUUUGAUCCAUUGCUUUUAAGUGAACAACAAGAUUUAAUUUAUUCUGGCAAGCAUGUUAGAACUUAUAGGAGAACUGAAAUUUUACAAAAACAUGAUUUAGAAUUGGAGAUAUAUAGAAAUUAUGCCAAAAUUCUAUGUGGUGAUCCUCCUAAGGAUAGUGAUAAUAAAUAUGGUAUUUUAUUAAAGUUCAAAUACCUAGAACCUGUGGUUAAUACUGAAAAAUACGAUAAAAUGUGUACAUACAUCAAGGAUAGACUAAAAUAUUUGCAGGAGUCCCAUAUUGACGCUAUCAAAGGUAACUUAUAA